CUGCUCUCUUCCUCCAUAAAUAGUAUUAAAUUGCGGUGCGAAUGUCGAAUGAUUUCCUCUGAAGAAAAGUCAAUUUCUUCUUCCUCAAUCGUGUCCAACCCCCCUGACCUCGUCCGAUCUUCUUCAAAGCUUACCCUAUCGCUCUGCAAAUCCCACAGCUAGAAUUUGAUGGAUACCAACAAUUGGAGGCCUAAUCCUCCUGGAGGGGAACCUGCGGUGGACACGGGUGAUUGGAGAGCUCAGCUGCCGCAUGAAUCUAGACAAAGGAUUGUCAACAAAAUAAUGGAAACAUUAAAGAGGCAUCUUCCUUUUUCUGGCCAAGAAGGAUUACAAGAACUGAAGAAAAUAGCCAUAAGGUUUGAGGAGAAGAUAUAUUCUGCUGCCGUAAGCCAGCAAGAUUACCUUCGAAAAAUAUCUUUGAAGAUGCUUACAAUGGAGAACAAGUCCCAGAAUCCUUUGCAGUCCAACUCUCCGAGCAACAGCAACAAGCCCCCUGAUCCAGGGUCUCAUAAUAUGCAAUCCCAACUUCACAAUCAAGGGCAAUCACUUCCUACGCAACUGCCAUCAAGUCAGCAAGUACGCCAACAGUUAUUAUCCCAGAACAUCCAGAAUAACAUUGCAUCUGCUGGAGUUCAAGGUUCUGCCGGUUUGGCACUGCCCUCUGUGCCCAGUCUAAGCCAGGCUCCUAUUCCCAACAUUGUUAGCCAGAAUGCUAACAUGCAGAACAUAUCGAAUGUUUCACAGAAUUCAAUGGGUAAUUCAAUGGGACAGGGGAUGCCCUCCAAUAUGUUCGUUAAUUCUCAAAGGCCAAUGGCUGGAAGGCAACAGGUGGUUGGGCAACAGCAACAGCAACCACCUCAACAGCAGUCCCAGAACUCACAGCAGUAUCUUUAUCAGCAGCCGUUGCUUAUGAAGCAGAAAUUCCAGCAGGGAAAUCUUCCACAUCCACUCAUGCAACCACAUAUCCAGCAACAGCAGAACAUAUUACAACCAACACAGUUGCAAUCUUCUCAGCAAUCUGGUAUGCAAACAUCAUCCAUGAUGCAGCCUUCCUUGAUGCAAUCGGCUCCUCUCUCUAGUCUUCAACAGAAUCAGCAGUCUUCUGUCCAACAACCAACUCAGUCUAUGCUUCAGCAACAUCAACAACCAGUCUUCAGGCCGCAUCAACAGCCACAGCAGGUUCAUCAACAGCAAGCACCGAUGUCACAGCAGGCAUUGUUGCAGUCACAGCAGCAGCAGCAAAUUGGGCAACAAUCAAAUGCCUCAAACAUGCAGCAGAAUCAGUUAAUUGGGUCACAAAACAAUGCUGGGGACUUGCAGCAGCAGCAACAACAACAGCAGCAGAGGUUGCUGGGCCAGCAGAACAAUCUUCAAAACCUGCAGCAGCAACAGCAGCAGCAGCAGCAGCAGCAGCAGCAGUUGAUGGCUCAGCAGAACAACCUCUUAGGUAUGCAUCAGCAACAGCUGGGCUCACAAAGUAACAUUUCUGGUCUAUCACAACAACAACAGCAGCAGCAGCAAUUGCUUGGAACUCAUUCUGGUAACCCAAGCAUGCAAACUAACCAGCACUCCGUCCACAUGCUGCAGCCUUCGAAGGGACCUAUGCAACAACAACAACAAAACUCAUCCAAUUUGUUACCAACCCAAGGGCAGCAGUCACAAAGCCAGCCAUCUCACCAGCAAUUGAUGUCACAGAUGCAACCACAACCUGUACAAUUGCAACAACAGCCUAAUCUGUUACCACGAGAUAUGCCGCAAAGGCUUCAAGCAUCGGGCUCGUUGCUUCAAGCACAAAAUGUAAUUGAUCAGCAAAAGCAAUUUUAUCAAUCACAAAGGCCUCUUCCAGAGACGUCAUCAACAUCUCUAGAUUCCACAGCCGAGACAGGACAUGCUAAUGGGGCUGAUUGGCAAGAGGAAGUCUAUCAAAAGAUCAAAUCCAUGAAGGAGACCUACUUUCCUGAAUUGAACGAAAUGCACCAAAAAAUUGCUGCUAAAUUUCGGCAGAAUGAAUCUCUUCCACAACCACCAAAGCCAGAACAGCUUGAGAAGUUGAAAGUCUUCAAGGAUAUGUUAUCGCGCAUUAUAACUUUCUUACUGGUUCCCAAACAUGAUAUUCAACCCAAUUUCAAGGAGAAGUUGGGUUCCUAUGAGAAGCAGAUUAGAAACUUUAUAAACUCAAACAGGCCGAGGAAGCCUGAUCCCUCCCAGCAGCUAGGAGGCCCAGCACAGCUUCUGCCAACUCAAAUGCACUCCAUGCAGCAGUCACAAACUCAAAUUCAGUCUCAUGAAAAUCCAAUAAACCCUCAGGCCCAGUCAAUGAACUUACAGGGUUCUGCAGCCACAAUGCAUCAGAAUAGUACGGCAAAUUUGCAGCAUAGUACUUUGUCUCAGCAAAACAUGAUGAAUUCACUCCAGCCAGGCUCCAAUUUGGACUCUGGACAAGGAAAUGCAUUGAACUCAACGCAGCAGGUUCCUGUGGGAUCUCUGCAACAAAAUCCUAUCAGCGCUCCCCAACAGGCCAAUAUGAAUGCCCUGUCAACUCAAAGUGGGGUGACCAUGCUUCAGCAAAACAUUAAUCCCCUUCAGUCAAAUUCUAAUAUACUACAACAUCAGCAUCUGAAACAACAGCAGGAGCAGAAAAUUUUACAGACACAGCAGUUGAAACAACAAUAUCAACAGCGUCAGAUGCAGCAGCAAUUUUUGCAGCAACAGCAGUUGCAUCAGCAAGCAAGGCAGCAGAUGCCUGCACACCAGAUGACCCAGCUUCAUCAGAUGAAUGAUGUUGGUGAGAUGAAGACGAGACAGGGAAUAGGCGCUAAGCCAGGGAUGUUCCAGCAACAUCUUUCUGCAAGCCAGCGCCCAUCUUAUCCUCAUCAACAACUGAAACCAGGAGCUUCAUUUCCUAUAUCUUCACCCCAACUGCUUCAGGCUGCAUCUCCUCAAAUGCCUCAACAUUCUUCUCCACAGGUUGACCAGCAAAACCUGUUAUCAUCUCUCACCAAAUCUGGAACUCCUUUGCAAUCUGCAAACUCUCCUUUUGUUGUCCCAUCUCCUUCAACUCCCCUAGCACGGUCUCCUAUGCCAGGGGAUGAGAAACCUAUAUCUGGUAUUUCCUCAAAUGCUGGGAAUAUGGGUCCCCAACAAAUGACUGGUGCACAAGCUCCAGCCCAAUCUCUGGCCAUUGGGACCCCUGGGAUAUCAGCCUCACCAUUGCUUGCAGAAUUUACCAGUCCAGAUGGGGCUCAUGGUAAUGCUUUGAUUAAUGUUCCUGGGAAAUCAAGCGCCACAGAACAGCCCAUUGAGCGUCUGAUGAAAGCAGUGAAGUCUAUGUCACCUCCAGCAUUGAGUGCAUCUGUGAGUGAGAUUGGUUCUGUUGUCAGUAUGAUUGAUAGGAUUGCAGGAUCAGCACCAGGUAAUGGAUCUAGAGCUGCAGUUGGUGAGGAUUUGGUUGCCAUGACAAAGUGUCGUCUGCAGGCAAGAAAUUUCAUCACACAAGAUGGAAUAAGUGGAACAAGGAAGAUGCGGCGCUACACAAGUGCCAUGCCAUUAAAUGUUGUAUCAUCAGCUGGAUCUGACAGCUUUAAGCAAUUAGCUGUUCUAGAGACAUCUGACCUGGAGUCCACUGCAUCAUCAGGUGUCAAGAGGCCUAGAAUAGAGGCUAAUCGUUCCCUUCUGGAGGAGAUAAGGGAAAUAAAUCAGCGACUUAUAGACACAGUGGUUGAUAUUAGUGACGAAGAUGUUGAUCCAACUGCGGUUGCUGCUGCUUCUGAAGGAGGUGAAGGAACCAUUGUUAAGUGCUCUUUCAGUGCCGUGGCUCUGAGUCCAAACUUGAAAUUACAAUAUGCUUCUGCACAAAUGUCACCAAUUCAGCCCUUACGGUUACUGGUUCCCACGAAUUAUCCGAACUGCUCUCCAAUACUCUUAGACAAGUUUCCAGUUGAAAUCAGUAAGGAGUAUGAAGAUCUCUCAAUGAAGACGAAGUCCAAGUUUAGCAUUUUUCUCAGAAGCCUUUCACAACCUAUGUCACUUGGGGAUAUAGCAAGGACCUGGGAUGUCUGUGCCCGGGCAGUUAUAUCCGAGCAUGCCCAGCAAAGCGGUGGUGGCAGCUUCAGCUCAACACAUGGGACUUGGGAAAACUGCUUGAGCGCUGCAUGAUCAUCCUCUCAGUCCUACUGGACAGGUGUCUCUACCAUUGUUAUCAUGGCAUUUGUAGAGACAGAGUGUUGUCAUAUAUGUUGUAAUGUACCUCCUUGUGUCUACUCUAUGAGCUUGAAAAAAUAUGCAGCAUUAUACGUAUCUAUAACGGGCUCUAAUCAUGUCUGUCUGUAGCCAUGCUGCUGCUGUUGUUUGUAUCAAAUUCCAGAUUGGUUUUUGUAAAUUAUCUCAAUCGUAACACUAUCAUGUCAGUUUUAAGCAGUUUCUUUGGGAAUCAAGCGGAUUUUGCAUCUCA